AUGAUCAACGAUGAAGCGUUCGAUGACCAGCAGCCCGGGGAAGAAGUGACCGCGUCUGCGAUGCGUCGGCUCGCGUUCGAGAAGAUGGACGACGACUACUACCUGGGCGGAGCCGUCGGCGAGGAAGUGUUCGAAUCUGAGGAUGAAGUCAGGUUGGAACUCGAGAUCAAAAAAAGAAACACACUCUAGUCCGUUGUUUCUCCGAGAACUUUGUCCUUCAGUCCGAUUUUUGUGCGGCCAAACAAUUUUCUCCGCAUUAUCAUUGUUAUCAUCACACUUAUCUUUAUUACAAACUUGGGGAAAAUCCCGCGAAAAACUAUAUGAAGGUGGUCGAAUAGCGCGCGCGCACGCACGUCUCCUCAAAUACGUGUUCAUUUGAGUGCGUCAUAGAGAAAUAAUGAUACACGGAACCACCCGGCCCGAUGUAUCUUCUUUUCUCCGAGUUUCUACGGCCAUUCAUCAAAUGGUUCAAGUUUUGAUAGGCGUUGAAGGAGCGCACUGUGAAUGUGUGAAAGACGGUGGGCGGAGGAAUUGGGUGGACAGACAGACGAGAUCAGAAAACCAAACCAAAACACAUUCGGACACGUGCACUUUUUGUGAAUCAAAGAAAAUGUGUAUUUUCAGUUCGGACGAUGAGGUCAAAACGCAUUUGCGAAAACUGGCCGGUAUCGAGAAGGAGGUAACGAAGGAUGCGUUCGGACGUCGCAGAAGACGAUCCGAGUUCGAAGACGAAAUGGACGAGGAACUCGACCGGAGCAUCACGCAGUACGCGAAUCAGCAUCUGGGUAUGAAUCCGAAGGUCCUUGAAAUUGAUGAAGCUCCGAAAAAAGAAGUGAAGAAGGAAAAGAAGGAAGAAGAGGGCGACAAUCCGGCGUACGAGGAGGAGUGUCGCAAGGAAGAUGAGCUGUGGCGCCGCGAAACCGAGGAAGUCGAGAUGAAAAUGGCCGCUUUAGAGCUUCUUCCUUAUGACGUGGAUUUGACCGACAGCGAAGUGGAUCCUGAAAUGCCGGCUCUCGUGCUCAAAGACUACACCGGAAAAGCGAUAAAGCUGAUGUACAGCUGCAAAAACGGGGAGAAGUUCGACGUGCAAGAGAGAAGACAGCGUCAGAAAGAACGUCGCAAACGCAUCGCCGCUUCUCGCCUCCCGGAAAAGAAACGUCGCGAGGUACUGAUUCAGACUGUUGUCGACGCCUACGCAACGAACGAUGUCUUGAACAAGCGUCCUGAGAAGGUUACUGGCGGAUAACCCUGAACGUGUAAAUAUUAUUUCGUUUUCAGAAGAAAUACGACGAAACAGCCAAAGCAUCGGAGCCACUCUCCUCAAUUCUAAAAAAGCCAACAAAGUCGCCAAAAAAGAUGAAGAUAGAGGAGAAAAAGGUGAAGAUGGAGACGGAUGAGGUGGAAGAGAUCGAAGAGGAAACGAAUCCGAUCAAGAAGGCGGCCAUGGAGAGACUGAGGGAAAUCGAGAAGAACGACGAGCUGUUGUACGAUGACGAGGAGGACGAGGACAAUGAGAAAUGGGUGAAAGAGCAUCGCAAAAUAGUCAGAGGGUAGGAAAAUGGAACGUGGUGACGACAGACUCUGUAUUUUUCAGACAAGACGUUGUACAAAGCGAGGCUGAUGGAGUUCUCUCGUGCCCCGGAUGCAUGGUAGAGCUAACAAGGGACUGCCAGAGACAUGAAAUUUAUAAGACUCAAUACAGGUGCCCUCACUCUUUUUCUUCUCCCUCUUUUCCUCACCUGCUUCCGUUUGCAGAGCGAUGUUCGUGUCAAACUGCCAGCUGGAAGCCCAGAAAAUGACGAUCGAAAAGACCGGAAAGGAGCGAAGACGGGACCGUCAACAGGCCAAGAAAUCAGGAAAAGUAAUUGGCUCUUUGAAGGUCGACACCCACCUGUCCCCUGUAUUGCAGGUGAAUCUUCCGGUGCUGCCCGAUGACUCGGAUCUGUACACUCCGGUGAAGUGCUCCUCGUGCGGGACUCUCGUCGCCAUGAUGGACAGCGACGAGGUGUACCACUUCUUCAAUGUGCUGGCCGGAUAUGCUUGA